AUGGAGGAACUGUCACCAUUCAGCGAGCGAGAACUCAGCCACGCAGCCAAGAUGGCACAGAUAAACCCGCAACCGGCCCAGGUGGGCACGUGGAAGAUCACUGCCUACGAUCAGGAGAACUUCCAGGGCAAACGGAUGGAGUUCGCCACCUCCUGCCCCAACAUCGUGGAGUGCAGCUUCGACAACGUGCGCUCACUCAAGGUGGAAAGUGGCGCCUGGUUUGGCUAUGAGCACACCAACUUCUGUGGGCAGCAGUUUGUCCUGGAGCGCGGAGAGUAUCCCCGCUGGGAGGCCUGGAGCGGCAGCAACGCCUACCAUGUGGAGCGGCUGAUGUCCUUCCGCCCCAUCUCCUCCGCAAGCCACAAGGAGUCCAAGAUCACCCUUUAUGAAAAGGAGAACUUCAUGGGGCAGCCGUGGGAGGUCCAUGACGACUACCCUUCCCUGCAGGCCAUGGGCUGGAACAACAGCGAAGUGGGCUCUAUGAAGAUCCACUGUGGCGCGUGGGUUUGCUACCAGUACCCCGGCUACCGCGGCUACCAGUACAUCCUAGAGUCCGACCACCACGGUGGAGACUACAAGCACUGGCGGGAGUGGGGCUCUCACGCACAGACCUUCCAGAUCCAGUCAGUCCGGCGCAUCCAGCAGUAGGCC